AUGUUAUCACAAUUUUCCAAAAAUCCACGGAAGCAACAUUUAAACGCUGCUUUUCAAGUACUAAAAUAUCUCAGUACCACAAGCAACGCAGUUAUAACGUACAAAAAGACCUCAAAACCUAUUAUCGGAUUUUGUGAUGCCAGUUGGGCUCAAGACGUGAAUAAUCGAAAAUCUCAAUCUGGAUUUUGUUUUGUGUUGGCAAAUAGUGUAGUAUCCUGGGAAUCUAAAAAACAAAAAGUUGUUGCGACUUCUAGUGCUGAAGCAGAGUAUAUUGCUCUAACAGAAUCCGCAAAAGAAGCAUCAUAUUUAAACUAUAUCCUUGAAGAACUAGGAUUUUCAAAAGAAGAACCGAUCUUCUCAAAGUGCACAACAAAUGGCUAA